AUGGUUAGCAUGAUCCAUAUUGUGGUGUUUUUGCUAGCAAUCACAACCAUGUUCGAAAUACUUCCGCUAAUAACCGUCCCCGUGACCAAGUACCUAUCGUUAUCGUCAUUCAGAAACCACUAUUAUGGCCUGUUUGGCUGGUGUGUACGUGGUCAAAACCAAGAAUUGAUGUGCACGAAAAUGAAGAUAGGAUAUGACAGUACAGAUGUCGACUCCUCCGGGCACGUUUUGACCCUGCCAUCGAACUCAAAAGUGGUCGUCUCCAAUUUAUUAGUGGUUCACCCGAUUUCACUGGCAUUCACAGGAACGCUAUUAAUUUUAGCAGUGAUUAUCAUGGUAACUCCACUAGGGGACUCACCUGAGAUGUUAUUGUUCACGGCCCUUUUUUCGCUGCCAACGUUCAUGCUAUGUCUUUUAUGUUUUUUGGUAGAUAUUCUUCUGUUCAUCUCCAAACUGGACUGGCCCGGCUGGCUAAUGCUAGCCGCUACUAUUAGCGUAGCACUUUGUUGUUCCAUGCUGUGGGUCAUGAGAAGAGUUGUGUCAGUCAAAAAAUAUGAAUCGCAACAGUCAAUUGCGCAUGCGUGCUCAAUGGAACAGUACUCAAUUUCCGACAUUUACCAGAGUAAACAGAACGGCAAUAGCUCAGAAUAUGAAGUGGCUCCAACACAUACAGAUAGUCUGAUUGCUCCAGAAGUGACAUAUAGAGGGUUCAUUGAAUAA